UGAAGAUGAAAGUGUUUCUGAUGAUUUACUUAUUUCUGAAACUUUUGAAAAUUAUUCUCCGCCAAAAUAUGAACCAUAUCAAGAUAAAGAAGAGGAAGUAACAAUUGAUUAUCAAUUUGCAUAG